UGCUUGUUUACUAAAAUGGCGUCAGCUGCUGUAGUGGCGACUUCUUCCGGCAAAGAUGCUAUAGCCGAGGGGUUGCUCGACCUGAUGAGACCAGCCAUUCAGCAGCUCGACGUGCACGUCCACUCAGUCAGAGAAAGCCAAGUAGAAUUAAGAGAGCAUAUAGACAAUCUGGCUACAGAGUUGUGCCGGAUAAAUGAACACCAAAAGGUGGCUCUGGACCUGGACCCCUAUGUGAAGAAGCUGCUGAAUGCAAGACGUCGAGUGGUGCUCGUGAACAACAUCCUGCAGAAUGCUCAGGAACGUCUGCGACGACUCAACCACAACGUGGCCAAGGAGACCGCUCGGCGAAAGACCAUGUUGGAGGCUUCAGGAGUGUUCACCUCCCGCUCGCCCAGUAAACCUUGAACCUCCUCCUGUUCCUGCUCUGUGAACUGUCCUUACACGUUGCUGAAAACUGCAACCGGAGGAGCACUCUUCUUCCUUUGAUGUGCUCACCCGUUUUUCCAGCGACGUGCUGUCCUGCAGUGCUUUGUCCAAUAAUGUGUUCAAAAUAAAAAUCCUGGCUGCAAUCUGAUCAACGUUAGGCAGCUGUCCAAUAACAAAAUACAACCCAAUCUGCUUUCCAGUUUCACUACAUCAUACAUAUGUUCUACAGAUUCAAUAACUACCCAUGACCUCCUGUGGGAAGUUAUUAAUUGAGUGGUACACAAGAGGAACAUUUUAUCUAAAUGAAAAGGAGUCAAAUCUACAUUAUCCAUACAACGACAUAGAAAACAAAUAUUGAUUCAAUUUGAGCACCAGAAUCCUUUAAGAAAACCUUGGUUUAUUGCAGCAGGUCAAGGGUGGGACCGAAGCCAGCUCUGUCCACAAAGACAUACAGUAACUCAUUGAUAUAAACUGUUUGUCAUAUGCACUUUCAUUAGUUAAUAGCUGGUUGUUUGUCAGGCAAUCACAAUAAAUGGCAUCAGUAAACACAGAAAAGUAUUCCAUAAAGUGCAAUACAAAUAGAUAAAACCAUAACAACUCUUAUGUUUCAGCUUUACAUUUAAAUUGCUUCACAUUAAAAAAUUCUAAAAUAAAUAAUUGGAAAUCAACGGAGCACGGGCUUACUCUGAUCUCAAUGUAAUGUUAGCGAAUUAGGUGUGAGAAGCCUCCCCUUUGCUAACAUUUGGUCUCCGCUGUUUGUCCAAAUCCAAAUCUAUUCUUGAGGUUCCAAACAUUUUCAAAGCAAUUUGGCUUUGAAUGUGAGUAGUUGAUAGAGUUAUCUUAUCUCCUCUUGUUUGAAGCAAACCGGUUAGCUGACAACCAUCCAAGCUAAAUAGCCGCAGCUUAUUCGUGUUUUACUGGAAUAACAUCGAAGCAUAUAUUUAAAUAUAUAUGUUCCUCGCGGAGCAUGCCCCGGACCCCCAAAGGGGUUUGGAUCCAUGUCACCUUUUUCAUCCCUGAUGAGUUUGCACCCCUGACAGUAUUUUUCAUUUAAGCAGCAAGAGCUAUGGUCCAUUUGAGAUCAGUUGGUUUCAUUUAUGUGAAGAAACUAAAAGCUGCUUGGACCUGUUUGGUUCGGAUGGGAAGUCAUUUGUCGAAUGCAAAUAGAAGGUCAUUCAUCAUUUUCACCACUGUUUUUCUGUGCUUAUGUAGAAAGUCACACAACAGAUUUGAGACUUCUUUAAAUGAUCUUCGGCCACAUCCACACUGCAACAAUUUUUAACGCAUGACGGAAAACAGAUACGUUUGGAAACGCUCACAAGGACAGAUGGGCUCGCAAACGGGGACGUUUGUUUGUGUGCACGAUGGGAAACGGAUCAGUUUGACAACGAUUACACCCACACCUGCGUUUGCUAAUUGAUUGGUUCAUAGCACUUGUGACGUUUCUUGACUUAUUUCGUCACCCCCCUUUCACGUGACCGGUUCCAGGAAGAAGACAAGCUGCCAGGGCUACCAGCGAUUCAUUUGAUAACAAAGAAGAGGUUUAAUUACAGCUACCUUGAAGGACUGUGGUACAUGUCCUCUCAACAAAGACAGAUUCAUUAUAUCCAGUAAAGAUGUGCUAAAGGAAAAACUUCAAUCCAAGAGACAAGUAGAAGAUUUAGAUUUGGAAGAGAAGCCGUCCAAGCAGGGUUAGGGUUCAUAAAGUCAUCACUACUGAGGUCCAAGGAAUACAGACUCUCUGUAAGUCUGCCCACAUUGCUGAAGAGAAACCUGGGUUUGCUUUUCUCUACCAAUGAAGAAUACCGUUUUUCUCGAUUGUUUACACACAAAUUCUGGUACUUGACACACAAUGACCACAACACUGAUGCACCAACCCCCUGAACCAAAUCUGCUACAAGCAAAACUACAAACUACAAGCACAAUUCUUGCUUUACACUCAAAUUGCAGUUCUAAAACACACUUUUUUCAAAACACUACACACAAUUCUCUGCAUUCUCUGCACAAUUUUCAUGAAGAAAAUUUUGUUUUCACAAGACAAACACUGUCAUUCAAAAUUCUAAAGUCAAUUGCCCUACUAUGCACACUGACUCGUCACAUGGGAAAACACCUGUCACACAGUGUUACAUUUACGAAUCAGAGCUUUAGCAUAAAAGGGCAAAAGGUGAGCUCUUCUGUUUUGGAGCAAUGGAUGACAACAUUAGAAACGGAGCCAGAGGAGUGAGAGUAAGAGCAGGAGGACGAGGGGAGGACAAGGACGAGGAAGGCCAAGGACCGUAAACUCUGAUGAGAUCUGAGUCACUUUGGUUGACCAAAGCUAUGGAGGAAUUCUUUUCUGCCUGGAGAUGGAAAGUUUAUGACCGAAAUCUACAAACGCAUAUCCCCCUUCUCUAAGCUAUGGAAGAUGCAUGUGGAGAAAAAGCAGUUGAUGCUUUUCAUGGCUGGAUUCGACAUGCUGAGCGAUAUUUCCCCCACUGCUUGGCCAGUGAAAACAUUGCUUGUGAUGUGGAUGAGGUUCUGUGGAAAUGACCGGAACAGAAGACAGGAUGCAGCAUAGUCUUUUUUACUGUAACUUAUACAGUAAAUUCUUGUUUUGUAUGUAGACCACUGUAUGUGCAACUUUGUGUUGGUUGGGAUGUACACUGUGUGCAUUGUUUUCGUGGGGAAAAUAAAAUAUAUUUGUUACCGUG